AUGGAGAGUCGCAUACUGGCCGUGGAAGCCAAGAAUGCCCAGGUCGAGCGUACCAACGCCGACCUGCAACAGCAGCAGCAAACCUUGCACGCCUCGCUGGAAGCCUGCCCCCGGCAGGUCCGCGACCUGGAGGUCACUGUGCAAGACCAGGGCACAGUUAUCAAAGGCGUCGAGGCGGACAACACCGCUCUUGAAGAGAAAGUCGACUCACUGCAGGCACCGUUGAGCACCACCGCAUAUGAGGCUAUCCAGACGGUUGUCCGUGAGAGCUACCUCUUCCUUGUCGACAAUCGCGGCAGACCCUUCGCGCCGUAUCCCCCGUCGAUUGACGAGUGGCCUCGGCACACCACCGACCCAACCCUCUACGCCCUGCGCUGCGACUUCCUCGCAGGACCCCAUGCUUACUCCAACCGAGUCGCCAUCGCCCAACUGCGCUUGGCGUUCGAGCUGAAAAGCACGCUGGUCGGAUCGAGCGCGGCCUAUGGCCAUGGUGACGAUGAAGAUGACGACGAUGACGACGACGACGACCGGAGCGACAGCCACCCGCCACACUUGGCCGAGGCCCUGGACAACACCGCCGAACGGUCGGGCGACGCUCCUCCCGACAGUCACGGCACCAGGCGAGACCAGCCCGUUCACGACGCCAAGGCCAUCGCCGACCUCAACCCAUCCCUCUCGACGAGCGGCGACCCUGUUGGCGUGCGCCAUCCCCGUCGAGCAGCGCCGGCCAAAAGAGUGGCAGCGCGUCGUGCACAGGUGCCUCAAAUUGCCGGCUCCGAGUUUGAGGUGCUGGACAAACCCCACUCCGUGCGCGACGUCCUCCACAAGGGCGAUCAGCGGACAUGGGUUGCGUGGCAGUUACGCCCCGCAUACCUCGGCGAGCACGGCGCGACGCUUACCGCCCACCUUGUCGUGCCGGUUUCUCGCCCCACAUCGUUCGCCGACGUCAAGCGCCUGGAGUGGUUUACCAACCACCCGUUUACGAGGAACAAGGGAGAGGGUAUCUAG